UCUAGCAGCGACGCUUGAAAAUUCAAUUGCAGAAAAAUUCUGGAACCAUGAAGUUGUUUUUAUCCGUGUGCUUGCUGGCCCUGGUGGCCGGCAUCGUUUCCGCCGACGAGAAAGGGCCCAAAGUGACCGACGAGGUUUUCUUUGACAUUUCCAUUGGCGGCGAGCCCGCCGGCCGCAUCGUGAUCGGCCUGUUCGGCAAGACCGUGGAGAAGACCGUGAGGAACUUCAAGGAGCUGGCCGAGAAGCCCCAGGGCGAGGGCUACAAGGGCAGCAAGUUCCACCGCAUCAUCAAGGACUUCAUGAUCCAGGGCGGCGACUUCACCAAGGGUGACGGCACCGGUGGACGCUCCAUCUAUGGCGAGCGCUUCGAGGAUGAGAACUUCAAGCUGAAGCACUAUGGCGCUGGCUGGCUGAGCAUGGCCAAUGCUGGCAAGGACACCAACGGCUCCCAGUUCUUCAUUACCACCAAGCAGACCAGCUGGCUGGAUGGACGCCACGUCGUCUUCGGCAAGAUCGUUUCCGGCAUGAGUGUGGUCCGCCAGAUUGAGAACUCAGCCACGGAUGCCCGCGAUCGUCCCGUCAAGGAUGUGGUCAUCACCAACAGUGGCACCCUCCCCGUUUCCGAGCCCUUCUCCGUGGCCAAGGCCGAUGCCACCGACUAAGAAGGAAGGAGCCAAGCAUCGCCACAUCCCUCAUCAGUAAUCAGUCACAAAUUAUUCGUCGAACUAAGCAUAAGCGCAUAAUCGUGCCAGUAAUCGAUUUUUCCAGACAUUUGCAUUUACCAUAGCUCGCGCCAUGAUUAUUUACAUUUAUGUUCCGUAAGCAAGUAGCUCUGCUCAACUAGGAAGGCUCUGCGUAAACAAAUGACAGAAAUAAAGAACAUUUUUUGUGAUAGUCGA